GGUUACGUAACGUGCUAUCCCGCUAAGACAGAAUAUCCCGCUAAGUAUAGGAUAGUAAUGAACUUUAGAAUAGUAUGCUAUCCCAGACAUCCCGCUAAGAGGCAGAAAGAUAAGAUAGACGGGAUAGUAGGACUAGAAGCAAUAAGGAUAUAA